CAGCUAGUGGACAGUACACAAUAAGAGCUUUAAGUCACACACUUGAUACUUACAAUGAAUAAAUUAAUUUUUCUAAUACUCUGCUGGACAUUCACAACUGCUUUUGCCGAAACACCAAGUUGGUUUCCCGAAAAUGUUGUAGAGAUAAACAACAAAUGUGCUAAAGAAACACAAGUAUCAUACAGCAUGCUGAUAAAUAUAAGAGAACGGCCGAAUGAUAUUCACAAAGUGCAAGCAUUUCUCCUGUGCAAGCUCAAAGGUGUAAAUGCUUACAAUGAAGACACGGGCCUAAAUGUAGAUCGUUUUGCCUACAUUUAUUAUCGAUCAACCAGCAUACUAAAUAGUAAAAUACCAUUGGUACAAGAUUGUGUUGACAAAAACAAGGAAGCAGCCUCAGGUGGAGAAAUGAUUUAUAAUGUGAUUAUCUGCUUAAUAGAUCAGGCAGAGGGAAAGUCUACGUAAUUUAGUGCAGUUAUUUUGUUUACAUUAAUUGUGACUUAAUCAUUUUUGUUUUAAAAGUCUACAUUAUACAUAUUUGUGUUUCUAUUGGUUUUUAACAAUGAUAUCCCAAUAA